AUGAAGCUCAAGCUCAAGAACCCAACAGCGGCACCCGCCCACGCGUCUGGAGAGGCCCCAUCUGCUGAUGCUGCCACACCCGUUUCCGCCAAACCUGGGGGAGGACUGAAGCUCAAGCUCAAGCCUGCUGCGUCUUCCACACCCGUUGCGCCCUCUACAGCCUCUGCGCCUGCUGCGCCAGUCGCGCCCACGGCCCCAGAUGCUGCCGAGGGCGCCAAGCCAAAGCGCAAGUACAAUAAGAAGCCCAAAUUCGAUGAGAGCGGGGCGGUGAUUCCCCCAGGCAAACCAGGCCCAAAGAAGCGAGUGCGCGAUGAUGAAAACGACGAGUUAGACACCCCCGCUGCGAAGCGCAAGCCAAAGCCCACCGCAAAAAGCCUGGCCAUGGCCAACGACAGCAGCGACGACGAAGUCAUGGCCGAACCUGCUCCACGACCCCAGCCACCCACCCAACGCGUACCUUCUCUCAAACUGUCUAUCAAGCCCAAGACAGGGGCCUCUGGUACACCUGCUCAACCUGGCACCAAGACAGCCAUCCUCAAAGUCAAGGGCGCCGGGAAGCCACCCGUUCGGCCGUAUGGCGUUGGUUACGACAGCGAAGCAGAAGAGGCCGAGGUAGAUCCAGCCAUAGAGUCACAGUUCGUGCUGCGAAUGCAACCAGGUCCCGACUGUGAUCUGCUGCGCAAGUCCAUUGAGGAGAAGACGAUUGGCAAGUCCGUGUCCGCAGGAGGCCCCGGGGUCUAUUUCAGGUUCUUUGACCGUGAGGGCAGGAGAGCUUUGAUUCAAAUACAGAACCGACAAUACGCCGCUACCAUGGUCGAAUUGCCGGCCGUCAUUGAAUCAUUAAAGAGCUGGAAUAAGAAGGAUUGGGUCAAGACCGCGGACAUUUGCCAAAUGCUUCUGGUCCUUGGUAGAGUAAACAACGAAGAGGAAGCCAAAAAGUACCCUCGCCCAUCCUACGUCGAGCCAGAUUCGCAUCGCUUCCCUCAUGGUCUCACGCCACCUAUGCAAUGGGCCCGCAAGUUACGCUUCCGACCUCGCAAGUCUUACCUUGAUGUCGAGCGAGCUGAGGCACAAAUGAAUCGACUCCUAGCAGAAGACGAAAAAGCCAUUUCCACCAGAUACGAGCUCAUCGACAGUGGGGACGAGUCUUCUGAUAAUUCUAGUUCCGAGGAAGAGCUGGAUGACGAAGAGAUGCCCGAUGGCAACCAGGUGGAAGACGAAGGAAUGGAUGCUGCCGAGAUUGAACAAAUGCUACAUGCAGGUUUCAUGGAGGAUGACGAGGUCGAAGUAACGGGCAAUGGUGAUGAUCUCGAAGCUAUGUUUGGAAACUCGGACAAUACAUUGCAAGUCGAGACCCCUACGACUGCCCACGACGUGGCCAUGCACGCCAUCAACCCGAAUGGUAGUAUCACACUGGAGACAGAUACUGCAGCAUCCACCCCUGGAGCGGCGACAUCGGCAGAUGACGAUGACGAUGACGAUGACGCUGACUCAGACGAUGAGGUUGACGAGGUUGACGAGGCUGCAGCAGCUGAGGAGCAACGUCAGGAGCAACUUAGGGCAGAGAUUGCGGAACUGGAAAAGGCCAUCGCACAGAGCGUAGAACAACGCGAGAGGCAUACCAACUUGAUGUACAAGAAGCGCCUGCAAGCCACGAUCGACAAGCAAAAGGCGGACUUGAUCAUCAAGCAAAGGCAACUGAACGAGGAGGUCGAGGAAUAG